GAGUGUUUGAAUCUCCCAAAAACACUCCCUCUUCAAACACUCCCUGUUUGUCGGGCCCGCGCGCAGCUCGCGCUCUCUCUCCACAUGCGCAUUAGUUUCUCACAUUUAUUGACGUUACCGGACAUUUUUACCAGAUUUGAUUUUUUUUUUCCACGUGAAUUUUUUUUUUUCACGUGAACCUUUCCCUCGUUGGUUUGUUCAGGAGAGUUUAACAGGCACUCCUCGUAGGAUUACCGAGUGAUAUUUCUAUCUCUCUACCUGUUGCGACUUGUCAGGACCUACGUGUGUUUGUGUGCGUGUGCGUGUGUUUGCGCGCGCAUUCCCAGGUGCAGUUCAGGUGCGGCCUCAGCGCAAUAGCAAAGUGUCGCGAGCGUGGUCGUGCCAUGGCCGUGAACGAGAGGGCUGCGCGAGCUCUGAGGGACAUCAUGAAGCGGCAAGGCAACGGAACCUGCGCGGACUGCGGCGCUCCCGAUUGAUACCAAGAAACCGGAAAGCAGCACAAAGUCUUCCAACCUGAAGACUUUACUGUAGUGGAAAACCUACUGACUGUUACAAAGCGCUGACCCUGAAUACUCCUUACAUAAAUGUUGAAUAAAUAUCUCCUAACAAAAACAUUUCUGUUUCAUAUCAACAUGUAUUUUUUCUUUUUUUUUUUUUUUUUUAAAUCUGGGGACUUGAACCCCUGUCAUUUUUCUGAAUUAUUUAAAAGUGCCCCUCUGAACAUUAAUUAAUAAACAAUUAUAUUAUGUAAAAAACUUUUGAAUUCAAAUGAACAUGAGAGCGUGCACAAAACAGUAGCAAAUUAUUCACAAGAAAGUUGGAGAAUGUACCUAAUUAUUUGUCCGACUCGAGUCAGAUAGUCUCAUUGUUAUGAUGCAAUCACGAUGCGUCUCGCUUCAACAGGCAGACGGGUAUGCUGAAACCACUAGCUCUUCUGCUAACCUUUUCGUAAUAUUAGCAGCCUUUUAUAUGCUUAUUGCCGGUAGUUUUCAAAUUGAUUGAGUGGGAGUGUGUUGACCCAGAAUGGGGAUCCUGCUCCCUGGGAGUGUUUAUUUGCCUCACUUGUUCCGGCAUCCACCGGAACAUUCCCAACAUCGGAAAGGUCAAAUCUGUCCUACUGUCCCACUGGGAGGACUCUGAAGUUCAGUUUAUGGCGGAGAAUGGAAACGAGGUGUCCAAAAGUAAAUUCGAGGCUUAUGUGCCGGCGUACUACUACAAACCCACUCACAAAGACUGCCAAGUCCUGAAAGAGCAGUGGAUCAGAGCUAAGUAUGAGCGUCAGGAAUUUAUUCAGGACAGUAAGCCGCUGGUGUAUGAAGAGGGGACCAGAGAUGGAGUGCUAAUGAAGAGGGGGCGAGACAACGGGCAGUUCCUCAGUAGACGAUUUGUCCUGUCUGAAAGAGAAGGGACACUUAAGUACUACACAAAGUUUGAUGCUAAAGAAGUAAAUAAAGCUAAAGCUGUAAUAAAGGUGGACACCAUCAACGCCUCAUUCCAGCCGGAGAAGAUCGGCAACCCUAACGGCCUUCAGGUCACUUACCUUAAAGACUACAACACGCGCAAUAUCUUCCUCUAUCACGACAACAGCAAGGAAAUAGUGGACUGGUUUAACUCGAUUCGAGCCGUCCAGCUGCACUACUUGAAAGUAGCAUUCCCUGGGGCUUCCGAGCUUGAAUUAAAACCCAAACUGACACGAAACUUCCUGAAAGAGGGUUACAUGGAGAAGACAGGACCAAGGCAAACAGAGGGUUUUAAGAAGCGGUGGUUCACCCUGGAUCACAGGAGAUUAAUGUAUUUCAAGGAUCCUCUGGAUGCAUUUGCUAAAGGCGAGGUGUUCCUGGGUCACAGAGAUCUGGGUUACAGCGCCAGUCCUGGCUUACCGGCCAGCACUCAAAGCAACGGCACCUGGCAACAUGGCAUCACCAUAGUGACGCCUGAGCGCAGUUUUCUGUUCACCUGUGAGACAGAGGCGGAGCAGCUGGAUUGGCUGAAGCACUUUAAUCACGUCAUCAGCCUGCAGAUGUCGCCGCAGGAGUACAGCAUGGAGGCCCUCUUCAAGCAUAAACACUGAUGGAUUCACGCACUUUUCUCGACCCCAGCCUAUCACCUCUUGACUUUGAGAAUUAAACACUACUUGUUUAUUUUUUA